AUGGCGGCAGCGGUUGCAGAUCUGACGGUGACGGCGGAGAAUGUGGGCGCGUCGGGCGAGUCGAAGGUGCUUCAGGCCAUUCGGCACGCCAUCAAGGACAUGGUGGUGAGGGGAGCGCCGGCGAUCGCCAUCGCAGCAGCGCUGGCGCUGGCAGUGGAGGUGCACCAGCACAGCGUGUUCGAGUCCGCGGAUGCCGCUGUGAAGCACAUCACCGACCGCCUUGACUACCUCGUGUCCAGUCGCCCCACGGCAGUGAACCUAUCAGACGCGGCAGAGAAGCUCAAGAGGGUGGCGGAGGAGGCAGCCAAGGAGGAACCCACGCCCGAGGCGGUUGUACUGGCAACAGUGCUGGCAGCGGAGGCGAUGCUGAGUGAUGACGUGGCGGGCAACAAGCGCAUCGGGGCGUUUGGCGCUCAGGCCGUGGUGGAGGCGCUGAGGCAGAAGGGCGUUGAGGGGAAGAACCUACGGGUGCUCACCCACUGCAACACUGGCAGCCUUGCAACAGCGGCCUACGGCACAGCCUUGGGCGUCAUCCGCUCCCUUCACGCCCAGGGUCUGCUGGAAACAGCAGUGUGCACAGAGACACGUCCCUACAACCAGGGCUCGCGGCUGACGGCGUUUGAGCUGACUCACGACGGCAUCCCCGCGCUGCUCAUUGCUGACUCUGCUGCCGCCUCGCUCAAGGCUGCUGGCCGCAUCGACGCUGUUGUUGUGGGCGCCGAUCGGAUUGCUGCAAACGGCGACACGGCAAACAAGAUCGGCACGUACUCCCUGGCUCUAUCGGCCUUCCACCACAAGACGCCCUUCUUCGUGGCGGCGCCACUCACGUCCAUCGAUGCGGCGAUCAAGACGGGGGAGGAGAUCGUGGUGGAGGAGCGGCACUCUGCUGAGCUCACGCACUCGCUGGGAGGCGCCGGCCCGCAGGUGGCGCCUCACGGCAUCGAUGUGUGGAACCCGGCGUUUGACAUCACACCAGCGCAGUUCAUCACAGGCCUCAUUACUGACAGGGGCGUCAUCUGGAAGAAAGAAGGCGCAUCAGUCUUUGACAUCCGCGGGUUCCUCCACUCCCUCGGCGCCCCCGUGCCCUCCUCACCCAUGUACCCACCGCCCGCCAACAACCCUCACACCAAGGAGGACGAUGCGCACCCGCACACGGACCCGCACAAGGACCGCAUCCGCAAAGACGCUCUGGAAGCCUCCCGCUUCACGCCCGUCAGCGAGCACACCGUGCCUGCCUUCCUCCAGGACCACCCGGACCUCGCCGCCAGGCUCGGCGGCGGCCCGGCGGAGUGGUCCGUGCGGGAGGUGGGGGACGGGAACAUCAACUUCGUGUAUAUUGUCGAAGGGCCGGGAGGGGCCUUAGUGGUGAAGCAGGCGCUGCCGUACGUGCGAGUGGUGGGGGAAUCCUGGCCCAUGACUCUAGAUAGGAUUUACUACGAGGCGCUGGCGCUGCGGCAGCAGUUUGCAUGGGUGCCUGAGCUGGUGCCUGAGGUGUAUUUCUUUAGUCACCCGAUGGCGCUGCUGGUGAUGCGGUAUGUGGCGCCGCCCGCGAUUGUGCUGCGGAAGGGGCUGGUGCAGGGGCGCGUGUACCCGCGGCUGGCGGAGCACAUGUCGUCGUUCCUCGCCAGCACGCUGUUCCUGUCGUCACUCAUCGCCAUCAACACCGAGGUCUACCGCGACAAAGUGCGGGAGUUCUGUGGCAACGUGGAGAUGUGUCGGCUGACGGAGCAGGUGAUCUUCACUGAGCCCUACGUGCUCGCCACCAACAACCGCUGGACCACCCCCCAGCUCGACGCAGAUGCAGCGGCGUUGAGGGAGGAUGUGCCGCUGAAGCUCGCCAUCACCGAGCUCAAGAGCAAGUUCUGUGAGCGCGCACAGGCGCUGCUGCAUGCGGAUCUGCACACAGGCUCAGUCAUGGUCACGGAGGAAUCAACGGUCGUGAUCGACCCGGAAUUUGCGUUCUACGGUCCGAUGGGCUUUGACAUCGGGGCCUUCCUGGGCAACCUGCUGCUGGCCUACUUCAGUCAGGACGGCCACGCCACCGCUGAUGACUCCCGUGCUGCGGCCAAGAAGUGGCUCCUGCAGUGCGUCACGGAGACGUGGCAGAAGUUUGAGGCCAAGUUCCUGGCGCUGUGGAACGACAAGGCACUGGCCAAGGGAGACGCGUACCCGCAGGCACUGUACCACGACAAUGCUGCGCUGCUCUCCGCCGCCCAGACCGCCUUCCUGCGCGAGGUCUUCCUGGACUCGCUGGGAUUCGCCGGGGCCAAGAUGAUCAGGCGCAUUGUUGGCAUCGCGCAUGUGGAGGAUCUGGAGUCCAUUGCCGACCCUGAUGUGAGGGCAGCUUGCGAGCGCAGGGCUCUCAACUUCGGCAAGCACCUCGUCAAGGAAAGGCACCAGUUUAAGAGCAUUGCGGAUGUGGCUGCAGCUGUGGAGGCAAUAGUAUAG